UCCUGCCCCGCCUUUCAGCCCGCCUCUGUCCUGUUCUCGCCCUACCCUCUUCUCUGCACUCUGCCCCCUGAGGCGCGCGCAGACAGUGGCCGAGCUGCAGCCCAAUAGGAAGGCUCAAUGAGAAAGAGGGUGGGCUUCUGUCGCUCCAGUCUGACGGGUGGCUCCGCCCCUGCCGCGCGCAGGCUGGUGGGCCGAAAGACCCAAGAAACUGGUGUGCAGUGCGGCUGCGGCCUGUAAGUUUGGGGGCGUGAACGGGUUGUGGUUCAGAACGGAGAACAUGGCGGAGAAGGGUGUGGCCGCUGCCGCUGGCGGCGGCUCUGGUUACAGCUACUAUGAAGAUGUGAGUGAUGACCGCGUGGUCAAGGAGGCUGUGGAGGUGUUCGAGAAGCUGAAGGGUGUAAAUUGCCCCUUUCUCGAAGGUCUGUAUAUUACAGAGCCAAAGACAAUUCUGGAACUGCUGUGUAGGCCCUCAAAGUACCGGUUGGACAUACUAGAAUGGAUGUGUAUACGGGUCUGUCCCUCCUUGCAGGACAAGUUCAGUUCACUGAAAGGAGCUGCAGCAGAUGUGAAGAUACAGGAGAUGGUGAAGCUAGGCUAUGAGCUGAUGUUGUGUGCACCAGAUGACCAGGAUCUUCUGAUGGGCCGUGAGUGUCCCCAGAAGCAGCUGCAGUUCAUGGACCAGUUGCUGGAUAUGAUGAGGAGCCUGGCCACUGGAUGCUCCAGUAGUUCUAGCAUGAAGGAACACCUUGAAGACACCUCAGAGAAGAAUGAGGCAUUGCUGGGGGAACUCUUCUCUAGCCCCAACCUGUGGGCGAUCUUGAAGCCUGAGAAUGACCCAUGGCCUCUGGACAUACAGUCCUCACUCAACAAGCAAUGUGAUGACCUGCCAAAGGCUGGCUCCUCUGCCAAGUCAGAGGGAGAAAAAGUGGCAGAUCUAGCCAGGCAGCUGCAGGAUAGUGCUACUAAACUUCAGACACUCCGAGACCAGUGCUUUGCACAUCAUAAAGCAGGGACUGACACUAGUACCAUAGACCAGAAGCUUCGUCUGGUCAUCUCCGACUUCUACCAGCUCAUCUUGGCCUUCCUGCAAGUCUAUGAUGAUGAGCUUGGAGAGUGCUGCCAGCGCCCACUACCCAGCCUGCACCCAAGUGGCCCCAUCAUCCAAGCUGUCUAUCAGACUCUGGCUUCCUGUGGCCAAUUGUUGAGAGCAGUCAUGGAGAUUGCAGACACCUCUGCUGAAGCUAUGGAAGCAGCAAGGAGGCAGCAAGGAGAGCCGAACUGUUGGGGCAGCAACAACUCUGGGAUAAGCCUAGCCGCCAGGAUUGAUGAAGUAACACAGAAGUACAAGAUCCUCACUGACAGAUUGCACAGAGACACAAGAUAAUGUGAGGAUAGAAGGCCCUCCCUGGAGCUAUCAGGAGGGGCAGUUCCAGUCCUGUUCAUGGCCUGCAUGGAUUUCCACUUGCUUGGUAUCUGCAAUUUGGAAGAAAGGAGGAAGAAGGAGGUAGAGAAGGCAGGCAGAGAUAGAUAGGGCAGGGAAGCUAGAAAUAAAAAAAAAACAAACCUCACAUUCUAAGAAGUUGCCUUCGACUACUGUUUGUUUCUGCUUAUCACACUCUUCCCCUCUGGCCUGGGAUUCUCAGCCUCUCUUCUUGUCCUCACCCCUGCUAUUCUAGGUUAGCCUGAUGGCAGCCCUUCUACUACCCCAGUGGACCUUGGCCUUUCCUCUCUCUGCUGCUUCCAUUCCUUUCUGAUACUACUUUGUUAGUUUGACCAUGCCUAGCCUUAGAGGUCUCCACUGUACCCUGACAUGACGCCUCUCUCUGCCCCUGUGCUCUUCACCUUCUGUCCUGCCUUAGGGUCCCAUAUUGGCCCUCUUUGCCAUGUCCUUGGAAGCCAGCCUGUUUCUUCCUUCUUUCCUAGGGCACUAGGGAAUUCUUUACCAUAGCCUGACUGGUUGUCCAGGAAACUGUUCUCUUGGCUUCCCACAGUGACCCAGUAUCUUUUUGAGUAGUGCACCCGUCACAGCCACCUCCCUUCCUUCGAGCACCAGAACAGGCAUGCUUUGGUGAGGCCCAUUAUUGCACCUGUGGCUGCCUACCCCACCCUGCUCCUGUAACUGCACCUUUGUUCCCCCUGGGUAGUUUUGGACAGCUGGGUGUCAGGCCCUUCCUGCUCAAACACUGCUGGGAGAGGUUGAUGGGCAAGCAGGUCCUUGUUCUCUCCUGUCCUUCUGAACCAACACUAUGGACAGGCUCAGGAGUACCUACAGUGGGCAGGUACAUUCACCACAACCUUAGAAGGCCAGGCCUGCAGUAUUGGAUACCUAGUUCUGGAAUGAAAUUUUCAAGAGAGGCCAAGGAAUGGCCUUCUAGCCUUCUAGCUACUCUCACAUCUUGAUGGUCCCCUCACCUGAAGUCAGGUGAGGCAGGAAAGGCCUUAGAGCAGCAUUUCCCAAUCUGUGGGUCAUGGCCUCCUUGGGGGUUGAACAACCCUCUCAUAAGG